AUGAAGGUCUCCUUCACAGCUCUGUUGGCUUCAGCAGCCUCUCUCCUCACUGUUGCCCAAGGAGCUAACCCCUGGAGAGCCCUCCAUGGUCUCACCAGCUCUGAGUAUGGUGACAAGCUCCGCGCCAUGACCAGCGAUGGCUACCGCCCUUACUAUAUUUCUGGCUACUCCACCUCCCGUGGUGAGGCGAGAUACAAUGCCAUCUUCGAGAAACCCCAGUCUGGACCAGCAUGGCGUACGAAUUAUGGCUAUUCACGCGAGGCAUACAACAAAGCCUUCAACGAACUAAAGGAUGACGGAUUCCGACCUCUCCUAGUUCAGGGCUACAAUGCCGGUGGCGAACGUCGCUAUGCAAGUAUCUGGGAGAAAAAUACGUCCAAUAUCGCAUGGUCGGAACGCACAAACAUAUCGGGCGAUGACUUCACAAAGUGGUUCACCGAGUUCAUCGAAAAGGGUUAUAGGCUAAGAUCCAUCAGCGGGUACUCCUUUGGCGAUGACCAGCAGUUCGCUGGCGUGUGGGAGAAGAAAACCAGUGUCCCGUGGAAGGCGUAUGCUGGCUUGACAACCACCCAGUACCAGGCCAAAUUCGACGAGCUGAAGAAAGACGGAUACUACACUGUGCAGAUCUGCCCAUAUACAGUUGGUGGAAAGGUCUAUUUCGCGGGAAUAUUUGAGAAGAUGGAUGGUCGGGAGGAGAAGCCAUAUACGCGAUAUGGAAUGACGUCUGCGGAAUACCAGGAUGUAUAUGAUGAGUAUAAAAAGAAGGGAUUUAGACCAACGGUAGUGGCCGGGUAUCUUGAUGGAGGAGAAAAGUUUGCCGCCAUCUUUGUCAAAGAGUAA